UUUUGUUGCCCCGCCCGCCACGCCCUGAGUGGUCCCCCGACGAGACGCCCCCCCCCAUUGCCGCCCAGAGGAUUCCCGUCCCUCCACGCCAAACUGUUUACGUUCAGCGUCUCUUGCUCUCCCCUGGCCGUGCCAAAGCCACCUUGCCUUUUUUUUUCCCCCCCCCCCUCCUUUCUCCUUCCUGUUGCCAUGGCGCGCAUGAACAGACCCGCGCCGGUGGAGAUCACCUACAAGAACAUGAGGUUCCUCAUCACUCACAACCCCACCAACGCCACCCUCAACAAGUUUAUCGAGGAGCUGAAGAAAUACGGCGUGACCACGGCGGUGAGGGUGUGCGAGGCCACGUAUGACGCCGCUCCGGUGGUGAAAGAGGGAAUUCAAGUCCUGGACUGGCCGUUUGACGACGGCGCUCCCCCCUCCAACCAGAUUGUGGACGAUUGGCUCAACCUGCUCAAGCUCAAGUUCCGCGAGGAGCCGGGCUGCUGCGUGGCCGUGCACUGCGUGGCGGGCCUCGGCAGAGCUCCCGUCCUGGUCGCCCUCGCCCUCAUCGAGUGCGGCAUGAAGUACGAAGACGCCGUGCAGUUCAUCCGGCAGCUUUGUCGCGGCGCGUUCAACAGCAAGCAGCUCUUCUACCUGGAGAAAUAUCGUCCAAAGAUGCGGCUGCGCUUCAAAGAUUCCAACAGCCAUCGCAACAACUGCUGCAUCCAGUAGGGCGGCGACAUGACGCCUUUGUCUCGCCAGCCCACAAAUGACAAACUCCUCAUGGGGGGGGGGGAAUCGUGUUGGCGUUUCCUCCGCCGGCCAUCUUUAGCUCCGUGUACGACGACAAAUUUUGUCCUCUCUGUUAAGCGCGACCGUUUGGGCAAACAUUCGCCACCUCAAAGUUACCAUGACAUGAAUGCGUGUUCUCAACACCACAGUUGGGACGGGGGGGGGGGGGCUUGGAACACUCCUAAAUUUGGGAAUGUCAAUUGAUUGACAAUAGUUACUUUGCCCUUACGUAUUUGUUGAGCUUAACAAUAAGGAGAGCAACUGGCCGAUUUACUAUCGAUGCCGGUGGGUAGGGGUGUGACACGUGCCAAAGCGGCGCUACUCGUCGGGUUGCGGACGGGUCAACCUUAGCGCGCUUACCAGUGAGGAUCAAAGCGCUCGAGUUACAUGGACCACAAGAUGGGGGGAGUUGAAGGCGAUGAAAACAAAACGCCCGAAAGGACUUUUCCCUCCUCAGCAGCUUGCCGUCAAGGCCGUCUUGUCCCAUUGAGAGUCUCAAAGCUGAUUCUUUUGCUUCUGUUUACUAAUUAACAAUGUGAUUUUCUUUGUGCCCCACCCCCUCCGAACUGGACUCCCAACCUCUGCGAUAUUUUGUACGCCUUUUCAUUUGAUGUCCCUAACUUAAUACUUGAUGAUUUGAUGUCUUUGGUGAUGACGCUUCUUCUUGGUUGGCUAUUUAUAUCUUCUCGAUGGACGUGAGUGAUUUUAGUACGUGAGAGCGGCAAAGUUGUACCUGUUGACAGACUCGUGGGUAUUCUAUUAAAGUGACAAAACCUCCACA